ACGAAAUAACCGUAGAUAUUGGUAAAAAGACAAUGUCCUCUAGAACUCUGAAGGAAAUUCUGGACUCUGAAAACGUUGGUGAAGACGCAGACGACGAUAAACAUUUGGCGGAAAUUGACCUGGAUGAGAGCGAGGAAUCUAAAAGGGACCAAACCCUAUGUUCCGAGUGCCAGGAUAUGCGUAUAGAAGUCGAGUGUAAAGACUGCCAGGAAGGGUUUUGCGGUGGUUGUUUCCAGUUGAUCCAUCAUGGUGGAAAAAGAAAGUCUCAUGACUUUGUCAAGCUGUUUGACGAUUCUAAGAAAGAGUCUGAAACCGCCAAUGGUGACAAAUCUGAGGAUGCCGAUGGAGAUGUAGACGUUGGUGAUGACGUUGAACCCGAGCCAUCUUCAAUCAAUGAAAAGUUGAUCCAGUCGAUAAAAAGCCAGGUCAAGUUCAUUCCUAUGAGACUGACAUACGAGGAACGCCACUUGUUACAGCUGUUGGAGGCGGCGCUGAGUGUAUCAGAAUACACCGAUAAGGUUGAUAUACUAUCAUACACUUCCAAGUCAAAGCGUAUAGUGGCCCAGUUGAAAGAAAUGUGCUCUGUUUUGGCAGGUUUGGUUGUUGCUUCGAACUUGAAGAUCGGCCAAGCUCUCAUUCAAAACAAGAACUUUGAAGAUAACGCUGAAUGGUACAAAUCUGUCUUUGAGAUUGGAAGACGCUACAAGAUCAUGAACCCUGAACGUAUGAGAUCCACUUUUGGUAAGUUGUGCUAUAUGGUUAUGGACUCAAGAUUACCUGAGAUUGAAUCCCAUAUGGAGUUCCACUUGUACAAACCAAUCAAAACCGUCUAUUCCUAUUUGAGCUCUAAACCUGGCGAUAAUGGUAAAGCUCUACGGGUAUUUGACGAUGAGUUAAUAAUCUAUGCUACUGCAGAGAUUUCUCCAGUUGGCAAAUCAAGAUCACAAGUGCAGAGAGAGAUCAAGACAAAAGAGAAUGCCAUUGAGAAGCUCUCUGCUAGGUACUCGUCGCCUAUGGGGUUCUCAAAGGAGGAUAUUCGCCAAGUGUUGUAUUCCAUUGGUGACUUCAACGCAUACACACAUUCAAACAGAAAACCAAUCCUUAGAUUCCUGGAAAGAUUAGAGAGGUUCCAAGACCCUGCAAUCGCCAAGGAGUUCAACCUUGGUAUCCAGUACGGCAGAUCUGGCUCGAGAUUGACCCACGAUCACCACAGACAGUUCGAAUACGUUAAGCAGUCAUUGACCUUGUGGUCUGUGAUUCAGCGUGAAAUGAUUCAUCUGUGGUCCAUUGCAGAUGACGAUCUAUUCAACGGAUCACAUUAUAAACUUACAUCCACUGGACAGGGGCUCCAUAGAGUGAAGGCGUGUCCUUCCCUGUACAAGGAGAUGUACAGAAUCAUCGCAGAGUGUAAGAGCAAAUGCUCCUCUUGGAUCGGAUCCUCGGUGGUUCACUUGGGUGAUGACGCUGUGCCAAACGCGCUCUUCUUCCUAGACAAGUAUACGCAGGUGCCAAACAUUUUGAUUCCAAUUGAUCAGUGCUUGUUGAAGAUCCCUGACCUAGACAAGGAUCUCUUCACCAAGAAGUACAUCGACGAGCAAUUUGGUAGCAGCGAGAGACUACAGCUAACGAUUCUUCAAGAUGCGUUUGCACACAUGUUUGACGGUUCAGGUGCAGACAACUUCUACAUGUCAGGUUCCUGUAUCGAUGGCCGUUUAACCAGCGCAUGGAACCAUACGAACCAAAUAGCGAAGAAGCCUUACUACAACAUCUUCCUGCUCACAGGCUUCAUCGGUUUCAACGGUUCAGAAGGGUUCUAAAGGCUCAGCUCUUCACAUAUUGGAUCAAAACAAAAGAAAAUGUAUAGAAAGGAGAGUGCCAUUUUGUGUAGUUGUAGAAGGCUUUAUCUCACCGCGAUUUGCUUGUUCAAUGUUUGUUUUUUGUCGCGUUGUGGCCUGUCGUUUAGUUCAACAACGCCAAAAACAACAACAAGACAACAAAACUACGGCGGCUACUUCAAAGAGGUCUCCGAAGAGCCAAAAUGAACUUCCUUGCUAGUGCAAUAGGUUCUUUAACGGGAUCAUCGAUACCUUACAACAUUGGAGAGGAGCAGAAGCUCAGUUCAGAGUUCCCGCAGAGCAUUUGGAAGGUGUUUGAUGGAACAAAGAAGGUAUGUACCGUGGGUCGCUUAGGGCCCCACUAUGGGCCUGUUGUUGAGUAUCCAAUGCUAACUGAUCAGCUAUAGGACGAUGGAAGCUGC